AUGCGCUAUCUCACUCUGAUAUCUGCUCUUACAGCCACCGCGCUGGCCCAGACCCCCGCGGGCAGCUACCCAUCCACCAACAAGAACCUCGGCGUCGCCUACCCCAAUGCCACCGUGACCCCAGGAACCUGGGUUGACCCCGACUAUGUCGACACCCAACCCGCCAUCUAUGUAACCGACGACCAAGUCUACGAUGGCACCUACAUGAUCCUCAUGCUCGACCUCAACAUCCCCGACUCGGACGUCACCACAGCCGCCUACUACAACAGCCUGGUCCCUGGUCUAGCCACCAACACAACCACCCGUCUACACUGGUGGGGUGGCAACUACACCGUCGAGAACGGACGAUUCGUCAACGCCAGCGAUGCUCUCGCCGAGUAUACGGCACCCCGGCCCAGAGAUAGUACCAAUCAUACCUACACGUUGUAUCUCUUUGACCAGCCGGAGGGAUACGUCCCGCCGGAGGAGGCUAUGGAUGGGACUUAUUACUCUCAGACCGCGUUUGCGAGGUUCAACUUUACCCUGGAGCCGGUUGUGCAGGCUGUUGGGGGUCCGACUGCGGCGAAUUACUUCCUUAGUGAUGCUUAG